CGCCGCGAGCCCGCGGAGCAUUCUGGGUAAAGAUGGAUGUCCACGACCUGUUUCGCCGGCUAGGAGCGGGGGCAAAGUUCGACGUGAAACGCUUCUCCGCAGAUGCAGCUCGAUUCCAGGUAGGAAAAAGGAAGUAUGACUUUGAUUCUUCAGAGGUGCUGCAGGGCUUGGACUUCUUUGGAAAUAAGAAGUCUGUCUUGGGUGAGCAUGAAACAUUACAAACACAUCAGAAGCUCCCCAAUGAAGAGAAGAAAGAACCAAGCCCAGCCGAAAGGAGUAAAGAGCCCAGAAAGAAAAAGAGGAAGAAGGCAACUUCAGAUAUUCCAGAAAUUACAUUUCAAGAAGGUACUGCUAUACAGUGGAUGUCAUCUGUAGAAGCAAAGAUUGAAGAUAAAAAAUCUAAAGAAGAAAAAAAACUUACUUCAGAAAAGUUGGAACAUCUCAGAAAGGAAAAGUUAAACUUCUUCCGAAACAAACACAAAAUUCAUGUCCAAGGCACUGAUCUUCCUGACCCAAUUGCUACAUUUCAGCAACUUGACCAGGAAUAUAAAAUCAAUUCUCGACUACUGAAGAACAUUCUAGAUGCAGGCUUUCAAAUGCCUACACCAAUCCAAAUGCAAGCCAUUCCAGUUAUGUUGCACAAUCGGGAACUUCUUGCUUCUGCUCCUACGGGAUCUGGGAAGACUUUGGCUUUUGGUAUUCCCAUUUUAAUGCAGCUGAAACAGCCUACAAAUAAAGGCUUUAGAGCCCUAAUCAUAUCCCCAACACGAGAGCUUGCCAGCCAGAUUCACCGAGAAUUAACUAAAAUCUCUGAGGGAACAGGAUUCAGGAUACAUAUGAUCCACAAAGCAGCCGUGGCAGCCAAGAAAUUUGGGCCUAAGUCAUCUAAGAAGUUUGAUAUUCUUGUGACUACUCCAAAUCGACUUAUCUAUUUACUAAAGCAAGAUCCACCAGGAAUAGACCUGACAAGUGUUGAAUGGCUAGUGGUAGAUGAAUCAGACAAACUGUUUGAAGAUGGCAAAACUGGAUUUAGAGAACAGCUGGCUUUCAUUUUCCUGGCCUGCACAUCCCCCAAGGUCAGAAGAGCUAUGUUCAGUGCAACUUUCGCCUACGAUGUUGAACAAUGGUGCAAACUCAACCUGGACAGUGUCAUUACUGUGUCCAUUGGCGCAAGAAAUUCUGCAGUAGAGACCGUAGAACAGGAGCUUCUCUUUGUGGGGUCUGAGACUGGAAAACUGCUGGCCAUGCGAGAGCUUGUUAAAAAGGGAUUUAACCCUCCUGUUCUUGUAUUUGUUCAGUCCAUUGAAAGAGCUAAAGAACUUUUUCAUGAGCUCAUAUAUGAAGGUAUCAAUGUAGAUGUUAUUCAUGCAGAAAGAACACAGCAACAGAGAGAUAACACAGUCCACAGCUUCAGAGCAGGAAAAAUCUGGGUUCUUAUUUGUACAGCCUUGCUUGCCAGGGGAAUUGAUUUUAAAGGUGUGAACUUGGUAAUCAAUUAUGACUUUCCAACCAGCUCAGUGGAAUAUAUCCACAGGAUAGGUCGAACUGGAAGAGCUGGGCAUAAGGGAAAAGCUGUUACAUUUUUCACUGAAGAUGAUAAGCCAUUAUUAAGAAGUGUCGCCAAUGUUAUACAGCAGGCUGGAUGUCCUGUACCUGGAUACAUAAAAGGCUUCCAGAAGCUACUAAGCAAACAAAAGAAAAAAAUGAUAAAGAAGCCAUUGGAAAGAGAGAGUAUUAGUACAACUCCAAAAUAUUUCUUAGAGCAAGCUAAACAGAAAAAAGUCACUGGCCAGAAUAGCAAGAAGAAAGCAAGUCUUAAAGACAAAAGUUAAAAGUAAAAAGACUAAAAGCCAGGCGUGGGGGCACACGCCUUUAAUCCCAGUACUUGGGAGGCAGAGGUAGGAGGAUUGCCAUGAGUUCGAGGCCACCCUGAGACUACA